AUGUCCAAGACACAUUCAAAAGUCCGCUAUGACCCUGUGAUUAAUCCUGCUGGCACUGGUGACCAAGAUGACGGAGAUCUGUCGGACGACGAUGUAAAGGACCAACCCGACCAGAGUCAUGCCACUCUGUUGGGCCCCUCUGGAUCAACCCAGUCUGCCAGAUAUCCCAAAUCACUAUAUGCUCGCCUUUUCGCCGGCCACAGACUCUCCAGAUCAUACAUUGCCUCCUGUCUCCUUAUAGCGGUUGCCUUGGUCUCCGUCAUCGGCGGGAGUGGAUAUUGGGCAUGGAAGACCGGCCAAAGUCAAAUCAAUGGCCAGUCUCCCCCGUGGUAUCCAACCCCUCUGGGAGGAACUUUGUCCUCAUGGCAAGUGAGCUACAACAAGGCCCAGAAGCUUAUUGAACGUAUGACCCUUAUCGAGAAGGUCAACAUUACUACAGGCACUGGAUGGGCUCAAGAUCUCUGUGUCGGCAACACUGCCCCUGCCACCAAUGUUGGCUUUCCUGCGCUUUGUCUUCAGGACGGCCCUCUUGGCAUCAGAUUCGCUGACCAUAUCACCUCAUUCCCUGCUGGAAUCACCGUCGGUGCCACUUGGAAUCGUGACUUGAUGCGUAGGCGAGGCGCCGCCCAUGCUCGUCAGGCGAAGCUCAAAGGUGUGCAUGUCCUCCUGGGUCCAGCCAUGGGUCCCCUUGGCAGAAACCCUGCUGGUGGAAGAGUAUGGGAAGGGUUUGGCAGUGACCCGGUGCUCCAAGGCGUGGCUGCCUACGAGACCAUUCAAGGCAUUCAAUCUCAGGGUAUUAUCGCUACCGCAAAACAUUUAAUCGGGAAUGAGCAAGAGCAUUUCCGGAAAUCUUUUGAAUGGGGUAUCCCAGAGGCUCUCUCUUCCAAUAUCGAUGAUCGGACCUUACAUGAGCUGUACCUAUGGCCAUUUGCUGAAAGUGUGAGAGCCGGGGUCGCCAGUGUCAUGUGCUCUUACCAGAUGGUCAACAAUUCUUAUGCCUGUGCCAACAGUAAACUCAUGAACGGAAUCCUCAAGGAUGAGCUUGGCUUCCAAGGUUUUGUCCAAUCAGAUUGGUUGGCUCAACGGAGUGGUGUCGCUUCUGCGCUUGCAGGUUUAGACAUGUCUAUGCCUGGAGAUGGCCUCCAUUGGAUCGAUGGGAAAUCUCUUUGGGGUAGUCAACUGACCUUGGCCGUUUUGAAUGGCUCCCUUCCCGUAUCUCGACUCAAUGAUAUGGCUACCCGUGUUGUUGCUGCGUGGUAUCAACUUGGACAAGAUUCGUGGGAAGAGCAUAUUCCAAAUUUCUCGUCAUGGACAAAUGAGGAAUAUGGUCAUUUGCACGAAGGAAGCAGUACCAAGCAAGAAAAAGUCGUUAUUAAUAAAUUUGUUGACACCGAAGACGACGAAAGCCGAGCAAUCGCACGUCAGGUUGCCGCCGAAGGCAUCGUCCUGCUGAAAAAUGAUGAUGAUAUCUUGCCUUUGAGCACAUCCCUUGGGCAGCUAGGCUCUCGCAGCCGAAAGCAAGUGGCCAUCAUUGGUGAAGAUGCGGGUCCUGGGAAAGGUCCCAACCACUGUGAAGAUAGAGGUUGCAACCAAGGCACUCUUGCUGUGGGUUGGGGAUCUGGGGCCACGGAAUUCACCUAUCUGGUAGAUCCUCUGUCGGCUAUAAACGCCUCUUUUGACUUGUCUACUGUCGAUGUUACAAGCUCCCUCGCCAACAAGUUGUCUAAAACCCUGAAGAAGCAACUUGCGGAACAUGAUCUUUGCAUUGUCUUCGGCAACGCUGAUUCCGGCGAAGGCUAUCGGUUCUGGGAAACGCAGAGAGCUGAUAGAAAUGACUUGGAACUUCAAAAACGGGGCUCUUCUCUCAUCUCUAGUGUCGCUGAAAGCUGUGGCGGGCCUGUCGUGGUUGUCAUUCACUCCGUUGGUCCUAUCAUCGUCGAACAGUUUGCAGAUAUACCUGCAGUCAAGGCUAUUCUAUUCGCCAAUCUACCCGGUCAGGAGAGCGGGAAUGCUCUGGCCGAUGUUAUGUUCGGCCGCGUUGAUGCGUCAGGAAGACUUCCUUACACCGUUGGAAAGAGUCUCGAUGACUAUGGCCCAGGAGCUCCAGUACUCUACUAUCCGAAUGCUUUUAUUCCUCAGGUUGAUUUCAAGGAAGGAAUGUAUGUUGAUUACCGACAUUUUGAUCGCGAAGGAAUUGAGCCUCGCUAUCCCUUCGGCCAUGGAUUAUCGUUUACCACAUUCGACAUCUCGGACCUAUCGAUUACUGAGCUGAAACCUAAAUCUGCACUCCCGUUACCGCGUCCAAAAUCCCAUAGCCCGCCGAGCUACAAUGAGAGCAUUCCUCCGGCAGAAAGUGCAUUGCUACCAAGCGGGUUCGAGAAGCUGCGAAAAUACAUCUAUCCAUACAUCUCCAGCACUAGCGAAGUCAAGGAAGGUUCAUACCCUUACCCUGAUGGAUAUGAUCUCAACCAUGAACCAAGUCCGGCUGGAGGUGCAGAAGGAGGCAACCCAUCACUAUACGAAGAGCACGUGGCAGUUCAGGUUAGCGUGACUAACAAAGGAAACCGCAAGGGAAAGGAAGUCGUUCAACUCUAUGUCACAUUACCCGGAUCGAUAACAGAACCAACGACCGGAGAGAUUAUUGCUAAUCCCGUCAAGUCCUUGCGCAAUUUCACGAAGAUUGAGCUCAAGCCUGGUGAGAGACAACUCGUCAACCUCACGCUGACUAGGAAGGAUUUGAGCUUCUGGUCUGUUGUUCGACAGAAUUGGAUUAUGCCCGAGGGUGAAUUUACACUUGCUGUUGGUCGAAGCUCGAGAGAGCUAUCCGUACAAGGAAUCUACUAA